AAAAAAAAAUCAACAAGGACUAAACUUUCAGCUCCAUCUGCGAGAAAUGCAGCCUUUUCAAUCUGAAGGGAAAAUUUAUGAAUAUAAUCAAGUUGAAAAGUCUGCCAACCAUAUUACCUCAUUUUCACCACUUAUAAACAUUCCUUCUAAAGUCAAAAUCCACAUAUUUAAUAAAUAUAAGAAUGACUUUGUUAGUUCUCCAGUGCUCACACAAGAACUGAAAUUACACAUCAGGGAAAAUGCUUACAGAUGUAAUGAGGAUGGCAAAGCCUUUAGUGUGUCUUCAGCCUUUCCUAUCCGUAGAGUAAGCCAUACUGGAGAGAAACCUUCCAGAUGUGAAGUGUGUGGCAAGGCCUUCAGGUGCAAUGCAGCCCUUGUGCUACAUCUCAGAAUUCAUACUGCAGAGAAACCUUACAAAUAUCAUGAAUGUGGCAAAGUGUUCAGUCGAAUUUCACAGCUUUCUCGACAUCAGACAAUUCAUACUGGGGAGAAACCUUACAAAUGCGAUGACUAUGGCAGGGCAUGUUCAGGUCUUACUACCCAUAUGCUCAUCCAUAGUAAAGGUAAUCCUUACAAAUGUAAAGGAUGUGGCAAGGUUUUCAGGCAUCAGUUAUCCCUGGCAGUUCAUCAGAGAAUGUCUGGUGGAGAAGAACCUUACAAAUGUCAAGAAUGUGGCAAGGUCUUUAGUUGCAGUUCAUCUCUUAGAAAGCAUCAGAGAAUUCAUACUGGAGAGAAACCUUACAAAUGUAAUGAAUGUGGCAAGGUUUUUAUUUUGUAUUCAUACCUUACACGACAUUGGAGGAUUCAUACUGGAGAGAAACCUUACAAAUGUACUGAAUGUGACAAGGCCUUCAUACAGAAGAUAGCCCUUAUACAUCAUCAAGAAACUCAUCCUGGAGAGAAACCUUACAAAUGUAAUAUGUGUGGCAAGGUGUUCUGUGAAAAAUCAAACCUUAAAAUUCAUCACAGAAUUCAUACUAGAGAGAAACCUUACAGCUAUAAUGUGUGUGGUAAGGUUUUUAGUCACAUUUCAUGCCUUGCACAGCAUCAGAGAAUUCAUUUGUGAGAGAGUCUUUCAGACUCAGGGAGUUAAACUCAUUAUGACUUCUGGCAUUAAUCAACAUCAGAGAGUCCAUACUAAGGAUAAAUCAAUAAAUGAAUGCAACAUAUGUGGCUGUGGCUUUAUUUAGGCCUCACCACUCACUACACAUCAAAAUGUACUUCUUCAAUGAAACCACACAAAUGAUAUGUUUAUGAUGCUAAUACCCAAGGACCAUUACUCUGGAACAUCAGGAUUUGCACAAGAAAUAAGUCAAUCUCUAGUUCUCCAAUAUUAAUCUAUUAUAUUACAUGUUGGAGAAUAAUUACAAGUCAAAAUAUCUGGAGCCUCAUGUAUCAAAGGUGCAGGGACAUAUGGAUAUGGUCAGUGAUAUUUAGGUUAUACAGUAUUUAAUUUUUUAGGGUUCUUUCAAAAGGCUACUUUACUUUUUCUGACAUUCAAGCAGAACUUUGAAUUCUCUUCAUAUGCCUUGUGGACAUUUCAUUGUGAUGUCUGGGAAAGACAUAAUAGGAUGAUAGGUCUGAAUUGAUUAUAGAGAAUCAAUUUUAUCCCAUAUCUUGGAAGAAAAAGGACACUGCCUUUUGAGAUUAAUUUUUUUUUUCCUAUUUUUAGGGAGACAAGGUUUUGCUCUGUUACCCUGGGUGAAGUACAGUGGUGUGAUCAUAGCCCACUGCACCCUCUAAUUCAUGGGCUGAAGCUGUCUUCCCACUCUACCUCCCACAUAGCUGGGACUACAGGAAGAUUCUUCAUAACAGAGAAUAAUAAUGUACCAUUAGGCCUUUAUGGUUGAAGCAUCUAGAACAAUUUUUUGGUAAAAUCAAAGAACAUACCCUUUUGGGUACAUAAACUUAGGUAAGUAUGAUUUGGGGUAAUCAUUCUUAGUACUGAAGUUAUUCUGUCUACACUGUGCCCUAUAAUACUUAUGUGCAGGUUCAAACUCUUACACCCUCAAACAUACAUCACUGUUGAACAUGCACUAUAUUAUAGUUCUCUGUGUUUUUCUCAUAUGCCAUGUAGGAACCCUGGCAUGCACCUUCAUUUUCCUUAAGCAGAAAUGUGCAUAUAGUAAUACAGGAGUUAUUAUGAAAUAAAAGUAUAUGUGGGGAAUAAGGAUAAAAAUAACAGCAUGUCUUUUUUGUCCUUGCAGUACUCAGUGAUGUAAUUUUUACAUAUUAUUUUUCAUGCAUUUUGUUUUAUGAAUAAGCAUAGAAAAUGAGAACUUUGUUUUGCUGGAUAAACUAGAAACUACCCUUGUAACACUUUUUCCCAAGUUGAACUUUGUGGGGCGCGGUGACAACGCCAUUACAAGAUGGCGCCGAUUUCCGGUGGCCCGCCUGUAGUAAACAAGU